UUUAAGCAACUAAACAAUUUAAUUUAUUCAUGAACGCGUUUUGACAACAACAGAAAAACUGCCCGUGCCUGAACAGCGCGCCCACUAGCGGAGGAGAGGUGUUGGUGCAGGAGGGCGAUCAAAAACUGCCUGAAAUGACAGGCGUGAUCUAAAGCUUCACUUUGAUUGGGUGCUUUUCUCUGGACUCAUAACUUCAGAGACGAAACGAAGCGACAGCGUCGAGCGAGGGGAAACAAACAACAUUUUCUUCAAGGUUGGAAAGCAAAGAAUCUCGUAACUCUACCACGACGAAGKAUAACGUGCAACCUAUCGCAAGUUGGCUUGCCUUGAAGUUAUAAUAACUACCGACGCAGCUCGAAUUCAGCUAAAAAGUUUUUACUUAUAUGUUAUUACGUUAAAACAGGAGAUUAGCUUAAUUUACUGAAGCUAAAACUACUGCCAGACUGGUCCUCUCUUCCGCUUGUUAACGACAUGGCUUCGAUUAACCUCGUCUCCAAAUUGCUUCGUCUUCCUGUGUCUACACAACUUGCGUCGCUCCGGUCGGGCCGCCUGUUGUUCAGGGGGAAGGUGGCUGCAGGGAACAGACUGUCCUCCAGCGACCAACAUCCCACGGAGAAAGUCAGCCGAUAYCCCAUUCCUUACAAGAAGGAUUUGCCUUACGACAUCGUGGAGAUGAUGGAGGAAGUAGAGAAGAAGGGAGGCUUUUUGCCUAAUAUCUUCAAAGUCCUCUCUCACAGACCAGCAGAGUUCAGAUCCUUCUUCGCGUAUUACAAUGAAUUGAUGAACAAGGAGACAGGACAGUUAACCAAAGCAGACCGUGAGCUGAUUAUAGUCGUAACCAGCACUCACAACAAGUGUCCUUACUGUGUGGUGUCCCACAGUGCACUGCACCGCAUCUACUCCAAGAAACCCAGUCUUUCUGAACAGGUCAUUAUUAACUACAAGACUGCAGAUCUUGCCCCUCGAGAGAUAGCCAUGCUGGACUUUGCGAUGGCCGUGUGCCGCUGCGAAAUCAUCACAGACAAGCACUUCCAGGCUCUGGAGGAGGUUGGCUUUGAUCGGGAGGAUGCCUGGGAUAUUGCGGCCAUCACUGCUUUUUUUGCCAUGUCCAACCGGCUGGCCCAUCUCACCGGCAUGAAGCCGAACUUGGAGUUUUUCACUCUGGGCCGUGUUCCACGGGACAGGAGCAGCAACAGGCAAGGCUAAGACAAUUGAAGGGGGGUGGGGAGAAAAACACAACAGAAGAGUGUUACUGAGAAAACCAAUGGAGGUCAAACACAAGCCAUGACCCUAUACGAUCACACUAUAACAAAACAUGUGUCAAGCAUGUAUUUAAGGUUGUUUUUGAAAUUCAAAAUCCUAAGUUUUGAUUAAACUUUAAUCA